GAGAGAGAGAGAGAGAGAGAGAGAGAGAGAGAGAGAGAGAGAGAUCAGAGGAAAUAAGAGCAGGGUAGUAGCUCAGUGUUACAGCAAGAGAAGAUAAUCAGACUGGCAGUCAUCUUCUCUCUGUCUGAACAGGGACUUCUUGACUGAAGCUCUGUGUUUUAUUGUGCUGUGUAGUCACAGUAUAGUGGGGAAAGCCUCACAGAGGGAGUGUGUGGUGUGGUUAUUAUAUUGCGUUUCAGCACAGCGAGAGAGAGAGUUUCCUCAGAGGAAAAGGAGGAGAGCUGUUUCUGUUGCUGUACGCUGUCGUGGUCGUUCCCCUGAGUGCGCGGCUGCGAGAGGGUUGGCUCUUUGGGGACAGGAAGAGCAGGGCUAGCGAUGUGACCUGAGCGCUGAGUGGAGUAUGCUGCAGACGAUUUACGAGAGCGAGUCAAAUUUCUCCACCACAACAGACAGGCUCGUUGGCCACCAGCGACUCUUGGACCAGCACAAGAUGCACAACGUCAACUCAGUGGACAUUAAGCCAGAGGUACCUUUAGACCCUGUGUCUCCGUUGGACCUGCGUACAGACCUGAGGAUGCUGGGGCCUGGCUCGGACCCGGGCGUGUGGGAGCGUCAGCUGCAGCAGGAGCUGCUCCUCAUCCAGAAACAGCAGCAUGUCCAGAAACAGCUGCUGAUCAGCGAGUUCCAGAAGCAGCAUGAGAACCUGACCCGCCAGCACCAGGCCCAGCUCCAGGAGCACCUCAAGCUGCAACAGGAGCUGCAUGCCAUGAAGCAGCAACAGGAGCUGGUGGAGAAGGAGAGGAGGCAGCAGCAGCAGAGUCAGCAGGAGAAGGAGCAGGAGAGACAUCGGAGGGAGCAGCAUGUCCUCUGUCUCAGCCUCAGGGGCAAGGAGCGCACCAGAGAGAGUCUCACAGGUGCUGUGGCCAGUAACGAGGUGAAGCAGAAACUCCAAGAGUUUCUGUUGAGUAAAUCAAACAAGGACCUGUCCACUGCCGGAGCCACACACGCUCUCAUCCACCACCCCAAGCUCUGGUACACGUCCUCCCACCACACAUCUCUGGACCAGAGUUCUUCUCCCCUGGGAGGCAUGUCUCCUGUCUGUCACUACACACUCCCCUCCCCUCAGGACGGCAAGGAUGACUUCCCCCUGAGGAAAACAGCCUCAGAGCCCAACUUGAAGGUGAAGUCUAGACUGAAGCAGAAGGUAGCAGAGAGGAGGAGUAGUCCACUGCUGAAGAGAAAAGACAGCAACGUCAUGACCCCCUACAAGAAGAGGGCCCUGGAAAUGAUGGACUCUACAGCCACUAACAGUGCCCCAGGCUCAGGACCCAGCUCUCCCGUCGGAGCCUCCAGCGCCCUGGGGGCUGAGAACGGGCCCUCCUCUCUCCCCACCACCACAAAAACCGAGCGCUGGCCAUCACAGCCCAGGUUAUUCCGUCCAGAGGGCUCCAUGUCCAACCUUCUGAGCUUGUACACGUCUCCCUCCUUACCCAACAUCACCCUGGGCCUCUCCGCCACCUCCUCCCAGAUCAGUGCUGCCAUUGGGCUGAAGGAGAAGACUGGGGAGGUCAGGCAUGGUUUACCAGGGCAGCUCCUGGGGCCUGUGCCCAUGCCCACAGUGACCUCCAUGGAGACCAAGGUGUCCCCCAGCCAUCAGGCCCUGCUCCAACACCUCCUCCAGAAGGAACAGAUGAGACGACAGAAGAUCCUCUCCUCCUCUGGUCAAGGCUCCAUGCCCGCCCACCCCCACUCCCCCCUGGCCAUGAAGGACAGGCCCUCCGCCAACAGCAGGCCCAAGCUGCCCAAGCACCGGCCCCUGAACCGGACCCAGUCAGCCCCUCUGCCCCAGAGUACCCUGGCUCAGCUGGUCAUCCAGCAGCAACACCAGCACUUCCUGGAGAAGCAGAAACAGUACCAACAGCAGAUCCACAUCAAUAAGCUGCUGUCCAAGUCCAUCGAGCAGCUCCGUCAGCCCAGCUCCCUGGUCAACCCACACCUGCAGGAGUCAGAGGAGGAGGAGGAGGACAACACUCGGAGGAUGGAGGAUGAGAGGAUGGACAUGCAGGAGGACGGGAUGCCCCCUGGUGGCGUGAUCCAGAAACACACCCGGAGCUCCAGCAGCAGCAGUGGCAGCAACGGCUCUCUCGGGGAGCUGUCCUCCAUCGUAGAGGCCCACCACCGCCUGGGGGUCAUAAAGGUCAAAGAGGAGCCAAUCGACAGCGAGGACGAAUCCCUGUCCCUGUCCAAUCAGAGCCUAGCGGCGGAGCAGAGUUCCUCACUCCACCAGGUCAAAGGUCAGCUGGUGAUAAGAGCUAUGAUCUGAGAGGGGGACAGAAGAUGAAGGAGGUCACACACUGCGACAUUCAGAGACGCACACAUACACACACAUACACACACAAACACACACACACACUGCAGCCAACACAGACACAGAGCCGACUAGGACUCCCCAGGCAGUCCUCUCCCUGCCCUGAGAUGUGACGCUGUCUCAGUGAAGUGCAGCCGCACCCCAAACCCCCCACCGGACUGACUCUCUGUUUGUGAACUUUGUGAAGUGAUCUGUAAUGUAAAGUAUGUUUCAACGUGCUGUAUAUAACAUGAAGAGAAGAUUUACUAGAAGAAUGCUCCUUCUUUUUUUACUUCUAAGGAACUGCUUUGAUUGUUUUCAGGUUCUGCUCAACUGACAGAAUGUAAUAUGUAUGUAUACACUAGAUUUAGCAUAAGAGAAGAUUCUAGAAGGGAGGGAAAGUUUAACCGUUGUACAGUUUAUUAAUGCCAUUUCAUGUUCCCAUAUUGUAAUGUUUAUGCCAUCAAUUCACUUACACUUUGACUUGCUGACUGCUGUUAUUGUUUUAUUCAAAAAGAAAAGUAAAACUUCAUAUUCUCCGUCGUUCUCCAAAAAGCUGUGAUGUUCUGUGUUCAGUGGUCUUUGAAAAUGAAAUGAAAGUGGUCCUCUGUAGCUCAAUUGGUAGAGCAUGGCGCUUGUAACGCCAGGGUAGUGGGUUCGAUCCCCGGGACC